GAAGCGAAAAGCAGUUAGGAAGUCCAAUUGCCAAUUGUACCAGCACCUCAUCACCCAACUCGCCGCCGCUUCAACUCCCUCCGCCGCCUCAUUCAUUUUCCUCUCUUCUUCUGCUUCUUCUCUCCGCCGCCAAUUCGGUUGCUCCUCCGCGGCUUCCGUUAAUUCCGCCGUCAGAGAUCUGCUUCGUACUGAUACUGCCGAUUGAACAGAGAAAAAUUAUUGUGAAGACAAUUUUAGUUGACAAUGCUUGGAUCCAAGGAGAAGAUUUCCCCAGUCAUUAGCUACUGAUCAAUAUGGAAACUGCAGAGUGUAGUGAAAAACCAAAUUCACAGUCAGGAAGGGAGGACUCAGAGAAGCUCAGCGAGUCCAGGAACGAUCCUCUGUUGGAGGAGCCUUCAGUAAAUCUUAGUGCAGAUUUGCCUCUAGCUGAAGCCCUGCCUUCUGUACUGCCGAAGAGACAGCGGAAUAGAGCUAGGAGUAGUAGUGCUAUAGUUAUUAAUAAUUUAGAUCUUGAUUUAAGUGAUAAUACAGAUUCAGCUCCAGUGCAUGCCUUGGAAAUUCUGGUAAAUCCGGUGGAAUCCCUGCAUAAUGUGCAGAGAAGCCAUUCCCCAAGUCCUGAUGAUUCAGAUCUCUGUUGUUUGAAGGGGACACUUUCAGUUGAGAGUAUUACUCCUGAAAAAAAUUCUUGUGUGCAGUCGUUGGGUAGGGAUGCACAUCAGGAUUCUUCACUUGGGACUGAUACACUGUUGGAGGAUCCUUCAAUGAGUAUCGUUUCAGAUUUGGUACCAGCUGAGUUACCGCCUCAUGGAGACUUGAGUAAUAGGAAGAGAAAGAAGAAGGAUACGAUAAGUGUUGCCCCAGAAUCUGAAGAUUCAUGCCCUGAGUCUUGUGCUGAAAUUUGCACGGCAGUUUCAGAAAAGGAAGGACAUCAAGAAGAUUUGCUUCACAACCAAAAAAAGAAGAGAAAUAAGCAGAAUAAAAAGCAUGAAAUCCAUGAGAAUAAUGAUAAAAGUUGUGAUAUUUCUGUUGAUACUUCGUUAGGGGAAACUAUUAUUCCAACAGUAGACCAGUCUGUAGAGCCUUCUGUUGCAGGAUUCUCCGAACAAGUGCUACAGGUGGCAAUGUCACAACCACCUAUGGAGGGAAGUAGCACAGAUGAAAACUCAAAAAUUGCUGAACCUAUUGAAGAUUUGAGUUGCUCAAUGAAAAAGAAGAAAAGUUGUAAAAGUAAAACCCGUGAGGGUAAUGAUGAAAAUUGUGGUAAUGACGAAAGUUGUGAGCUUUCUGUUGGUAUUUCUGUAGUGGAAAGUGUUAUGCCAGGACUAGAUCCGUCUCAACAGCCUCCAGUCUCAGAAUCAUUGGAACAAAAGCUCGAAUUGACCCAACCACUUAUGGAAGGAAUUAGUAUGAAAAUUAAUUCAGAAAAUUCUGAACCUAUUGAAGAUCUGAGUUCCUCAAGCAAAAAGCAGAAAAAGCUUCGGUGGAAAAAGUCUAAUGAUGAAAGUUGUGGUAAUGACAAAAGUGGUGAGCUUUCAGUUGGUAUUUCUUUAGUGGAAAGUAUUAUGCCAGGAAUAGCUCAGCAGCCUCCAGAAUCAGAAUUCUCAAAUGAAAAAGUAGAUUUGCCACAAGCAUUUGUGGAGGGAAAUUGCACGACAGUAAGCUCAGAAGGUCCCAAGUCACCUACUGUGGACUUGAGUUGGUCACAAGAACAGAAGAAUAAGAAUCGAAAGAGAAGGCAUAAAACCAAUGAGUGUAUUGAUGAAAGAUGUGAUCUUUCUAUUGAUGCUUCUUUAGUAGGAAAUACUAUGCCAGGAGUAGAUCUGACUGUACGGCCUCCAGUUGCAGUGUUCUCGGAACAAGAUCUAGAAGUGGAACAACCACUUGUGGAGGGAAUUAGACAGAGAACCAAUUCUGAGAGUACCAAACCCUUUGAAGUUUUGAGUUGCUCACAAAAGAGAGAGUGUCGGAAGAAAAGGCUUGAAAUGGGUGGGAGUAAUGAUACAAGUUGUGAUCCUUCUGUUGGUACUUUAGUGGAGAAGAUUAUUCGAGGUGCAGAUCCAUCUCCACAGCCUCCGCUUACAAUAGUAUCAGACCCAGAGCUAGAUGUGUCUCAAUUACUUUUGGAGGAAAAGACUUUACGGGAGCAAAAUGAGGACAAGGAUCAGAACAAGAGCUGUAAUGCCUCAGGAAAUAACGACACUAACCACCAAGUUUGCACUGGCUUUCCUGGCCAAGUUGUAAACAAUGUUACUGAUAUAAAAAAAUAUUCUCCUAUCCUCAAGGAACAAAAUGGUCUACAAAAGAGUGCAGAUGCUGGUUCAAGGAAUAAAAUUGACAUGGAGGUUAGUGGCACUAAAUCAUAUUGUUCAGAUGCUUUUCCUGAAUCUGACAAUAUUACUGAUACAGAACGCACGGAAACCAAAAUUGAAGUUCCUUCCUUGCCAUCUUCAUCCGUAAAAGCUGAUGUUGAUUUGGCUGCUGUCGCGAAGGAGGGCAGUCGUUCACAGAUAUCAAACUCUGCUGUUGAAAGACCUCUUGUUAGUGUUUCUAAGAAAAAGCUUCUCAUUCUUGAUGUAAACGGCCUUCUUGCUGAUAUUGUUCAAUUGGUUUCCGAGCAAUAUAAAUUAUAUAGACCAGACACAACAAUAUCAAGGAAAUCAGUUUUUAAGAGGCCGUGUUGUGAUUCUUUUCUACAAUUCUGCUUUGACAAUUUUAACGUGGGUGUUUGGUCUUCAAGAACCGAGAAGAACGUGGAAAUGGUGGUAGAUUAUCUUUGGGGAGAUUCCAGAAAGAAAUUGCUUUUUUGCUGGAAUCAAUCCCACUGUACUACUACGAAGUACAAUACUCUUGACAACGAGGAAAAACCCCUUGUUUUGAAAGAACUUAAAAAGUUAUGGGAGAAGCACGAUCCUGAUCUUCCUUGGGCGAGGGGAGAGUACAACGAGACAAACACAUUAUUAGUGGAUGAUUCACCAUACAAAGCUUUAUGCAAUCCAGAGAACACAGCAAUAUUUCCCUACCCCUUUCGAUUCAAGGAUCGAAGAGAUGGAUCACUAGGGGAAGGAGGCGAUAUUCGUUAUUAUCUGGAAAGAUUAGUUGAGGCUCAAAAUGUUCAAGAAUACGUCAAGCAGCAUCCAUUUGGUCAACGCCCCAUAACAACAAAAAGUCGUUCAUGGAUAUUUUAUCGUCAAGUUAUAGAGGAUCAAGCAGUGUCACCCAAAAAUUGAUACCAUUACUGGCAGGCGGAGUUGCAGUUGGCUAAAGUUACGCAGGAAACGGGUUCGUGGGUCGAUUUUUCAGUUCUAAUUCACCUCUUUUUGUACCAAAAUAUGGCAAUGAAUAAUUGUGUAUGUUGUUUUGGCAACCCACAUGGAACCUUUUUGCUCCCAGCCAAGAUAAAAUUGUUUGGCAGCUCCAUCUUGAGAAGCCUCUCUUGUACCCUGGAUCCUUCGAUGUUUUUUGCUUCCUAACGGUGCAAUUCUAACUUGUAAAAGUAUGAUUCAUUGUUUUGUUUCAGUUUUUGUUUACCAAGCAUACAGAGCUAGAAGUAUAUAGUGUUUUAUUCAACUUAGGUAAGAAAUACGACAUCUUCAAAGAGUUUGCUACUGAA